AAAUUAAUCAAUAAAAUGGAGAAGUUGAAACACCUAUAUGUCAGAAUAGUAAAACAAAAAUGAAUCGAUAAAGUCACUAGCUGAUUUUGGUCGAUACUUGGCAAGAAGAAGAUUCAAUAUAAGCUUGUUAGUAAAAAUGAUAUCGAUUUUGAAAACGCAGAUGAUAUAGAAUGUCAUAAGAUGGAUGAUGAAGCUGAUUAUCAAGGUUACACAAAAUCCUUCCCAUUAGCUUCACCUAAAAACGCUUCUCCUGAGAAUCAGAGUAACAAUUCGAUUGCUAGAAAAUAAGGUGGAGGACUCCGAGAAGAAAAUCACGACUUUCUUCACAAUGAGUGAAGAACAUAGAGAAAACCAGGAGAGAGACCGAUCUCCGUCACAUCAAGAAGAAGGUCCUUCAAAGAAGAAUAAAUCUAAUAGAAUAGAUAAAGGAGAAAACAAACAACACGAAGUUUUAGAAGAAGAUGGUAGCAAUGGCUGGGGAGAUGAUGACUUUGAUAAAGAGUUAGACAUCAAUUUGUAGACAAUAUUAUUUCAACUCCAAAUAUAUUUAAG